AUGUCAAAAUAUCAUGUGAUACAGUUAUCCGUCCACUGGAAGUGUAAUCAUAAUAAUUCAAAUUCAAAUGCAUUCAUCAUACCUGAGGAAUUGCCGUCCAUUCUUUCUCUAGUCUACUCCAACAUCCCACCAAUACGGAAAGGAACGGAUUCCCGACUUGGAUUCGGAUUCCGACUGGGAGACCAUGCUGAUUUCCAGGUGCAGUUUGAAAUUGGACCACAGCAAAGAACUAGACCAAUAGGUUCAAAUUCUGGCAGCAGCAAGCGAAAUGUAGACUCUGAAGACUUCCAGCAACUCGUAAGAUAAAUUCUUUUUAUUUUGUCAAUAUUCAAUUCAAGUCACCAUUCGGGCAAGUCCUGGCUGCAAGCUUGGUCCAAGGAAACCAAGCAGAAGCAACAGUUCAACAAGGACAAGCACAGAGACGCAAGCAAACCGGAAAUUCCAGCGUCACCGAUGAUUUCCGAGACGGCUUACAACCAGUUGCAGCAGCUGUUCGAUAAGAACAAACCGAAAGAGGAAGCAAUAGGCACCAUUCCGGUAACGGAUCUGGAAGAGGCCCUCAAGCAGAUCCCAUUCAAGCCAAUUCCGACGAGUGCGGGAGACGCUAUCAACGAUGUGGAUCCGAAUGCUGUUGUCGCAUUCAAACCGAUGCCACCAGCAACAUCCGCUGCGAAGAGUGAAAAAUUGUCCUUAAAUGCAGCGGCUAGGAAAACAGUAAGGAGACGAUCGAAACCUUCCAAUGGUAUCAUUAAUCGGGAAAAGGAUAAAAUAUCAGCCGACCUAGCGGAUGUGACACUGGAGUAA